AUGUCAAUUGUUUCACUAUUAGGCAUCAAAGUUUUGAAUAAUCCAGCCAGGUUUACUGACCCAUAUGAGUUUGAGAUCACCUUUGAGUGCUUAGAAUCUUUAAAACACGACCUAGAAUGGAAACUGACCUACGUUGGGUCUUCUCGUUCGUUGGACCAUGAUCAAGAAUUGGACUCAAUUCUGGUAGGCCCUGUUCCCGUAGGUGUUAAUAAGUUUGUGUUUUCUGCUGAUCCUCCUUCUGCCGAACUGAUUCCUGCCAGCGAACUGGUAAGUGUUACAGUUAUACUAUUAAGUUGUUCUUAUGAUGGGAGAGAGUUUGUUAGAGUAGGCUACUACGUGAAUAAUGAGUACGAUGAAGAAGAGUUGAGAGAAAAUCCGCCAGCAAAAGUACAAGUUGAUCAUAUUGUAAGGAACAUACUGGCUGAAAAGCCAAGAGUCACAAGGUUCAACAUCGUUUGGGAUAAUGAAAAUGAAGGAGAUUUGUACCCACCUGAACAGCCAGGAGUAGAUGAUGAAGAGGACGAUGAUGAAGAAGAUGAUGAUGAAGAAGACGAUGACGAAGGUGAAGAAGAUGAAGAAGAUGACGACCAAGGAGACGGAGAAGGAGAAGCUGAGGAAGCAGCUGAGGAAGAGGAAGAGGAAGAGGAAAAGACUGAAGACAAUGAAACAAAUCUUGAAGAAGAGGAAGAAGACAUAGAAAACAGCGACGGCGAGGAGGAAGAGGCAGAAGAAGAAGUAGAAGCUGCAGAAAAGAACGAAAACGGCAGUGAUAAAAAAAGGAGGAAAAUAGAAGGCCAUUCUACAGAUAUCCAAUCUACCCCAAAGGACAAGACAUCUCCAACAAACUGA